AUGACGUCUGCAACUGUAGACCCCAACAUUCAGUAUCUGCUUAGCCUUCAAGCGGUGCGGGAGCGAUCGCAGCUCGUGCUUCGUGCGGCCCAGGAGGGGUCGCUGCGGAGCUUCGAGUAUGAAGCUCAACGCAUGCCGCACGUCGCCGAUUUCGUGAUUGGAGUCAUCAAGCGCGAUUUCGGACCCGAUCGAUUUGCCGAAAUUCCUCCUCAUGGCAGAUGGCAGCAUUUAGAGGUUGGCGGUGUUCCACGAUUGGCUCAAUGCCUUGAUACCUGGACUUCUCAAGGUUGCGACAAGUUGGAGCUGAUCCGGCGCUUGGUAGAUCUCUUCUUCGUGUCUGUUUUGCUAGACGCCGGCGCGGGAGAUGUAUGGAAGUUCAAGGAACCAGGUACCAACCAGAUGUACAACAGAAGCGAAGGCAUUGGCGUCGCGUCCCUGUACAUGUUCAAGUCUGGAGUGUUUAGCAGCGACAGUACAGAUUGUGUAGUUGAUGGCAAAGGACUAGUCAAUCUGUCGGAGAAGGCGUUCGAAGAACAUUUCCAGAUCUCUGUCGAUAAUCCUCUUAUUGGUGUCUCAUCACGUGUAGAGCUCAUGCGCACUGUCGGCCGAUCACUGCUUGAACAGCCCGACCUGGCUGGCUCGACUGGCAGACCUGGUAACAUUGUUGACUACUUGAUAAAAGCUUCAAAGGCGUCCGACACUCUCGACUAUGAGCUCCUUUGGUCUACUCUCCAGCGCAUUCUCCUACCCGCGUGGCCAAAGGAUCGCACCACUGUCGCCGGGACAUCCCUGGGUGAUGCAUGGCCACUUCGGGUCCUGUCUGACGGGUCCAAAGAGACAGGACUUGGCGCAGAGAUAGCCGCGGUACAGCCAUUCCAUAAACUCACACAAUGGCUUGGAUAUUCCCUCACGGUCCCCUUCACUCGUGUCUUGGGCUUCAAGAUCUCCAACCUCGAUCUCGGCACCGGACUUCCUGAAUACCGAAACGGAGGUCUAUUUGUCGACUUGGGUGCCCUGAAGCUGAAACCAGAGACCCUUAGAGAAGGGAGAAAAUUAUCUGGCCAGGAACUGCCCAUGUUUAACGCCACUAGCGACACCAUUGUCGAAUGGCGAGCCAUGACCGUGGCCCUCCUCGACGAACUUCACAAGUUGGUGGCGCUCGAGUUUGAGAAGAGCGGUUAUACUCUGAACAUGGCACAGAUGUUGGAGGCAGGGACGUGGAAAGGUGGCCGGGAGAUGGCUUCAAAACUCCGUCCUGCGACGAAGUCUAGCCCAAUUCUCAUAGAUGGCGAUGGGACCCUGUUCUAA